AUGGAUAUGCUCUCCAUUACCACCUCCAAACCAGCAACCGCGGGCUAUAAACCACUCCCUUCGUAUACCGACGACGAUACUACGAUUGCGAGUAACCUCCUCUACCCGCGAUACGCGGAUACAGAUCCUACAUCGGCACCCCCCUCGCCUGCCUCCAUCGAGUCAUUUGACAUUCUAGACAAUGUCCCUUGGCGACGAAGUUACAUCUCCCUCGGACCUUCCAGCAGGCACAAUGAAACACUUGGACGGCGACUGAAGCGAAACCGCGCUCGUUUGCUUGCCAUUCUUUUACUCUUCACCCUCGUCGCGGCGGGAUGCACACUCGGCGCUAUCCUGGCAGCUAGACAUGGGAAGCCAUAG